AUGAGACGAACGCUGGAUUGUCUCCAAAACCCUGCCUAUGAAGAAAACCAUCUCGAUCUGGAAUAUGCAGACGACAUCGUUCUCAUGUUCGAAGAGGAGGAGAAGGCGCAGGUGUUUUUGGAUGCACUGACCAAGGUCAUCUCGUCCUUUGGUAUACACUUUGCACCCACAAAGUGUAAGGUCAUGCCUGUGGACGUGCAGUCACUGAACACGCCACUUACAAUCCAGGGAGAGGUACUGGAAGUUGUGGAGCGUUUGACGUAUCUUGGAAGUUGUAUUAGUUCUGACUGUAGUGUGACAGAUGAGGUGAAUGCACGGAUUUGCAAGGCUCGGGCCGCCUCUGAUAACUUGAGACACCUAUGGCGUCAGAAUGGUUUAUCCCUGAAUCUGAAGGGACGUGUGUAUCAAGCUACAGUACGGGCUGUUUUGUUGUAUGGCUGUGAGACUUGGCCUAUUCGAGCAGCGGACCUGAGACGUCUUCAGGUAAAUAUCCCGUGGUUACAACCUUUGAAGCAUGGGUAUGCGCGGACAUUCCUGGAGGAUUUCGAGAAUGUUGCGGAUGCAGAAGAACUGGAGGCCGAACGCAGUUGGGCUUUGAGCGGUUCGAGGCGACCAGGAUGUGCUGGGAAUGCGACCGACCAUGUUCUUCAUCAGUUUGAAUCAGUGGUUGGAUCGUGUCUGGACGUAAUUGGACGCCAGCAGUUGCUGUGUGACCAAUUCGUCGAAGUUGGGCUCGGACUUCAAACUCAGCCAAGCGUGUAUACACUCAUUUGCAAACUAAUUUGUUUUUUCGAGAGACUCACCUGGAACCCAGCUGAAUCCCUCGCGACUGAAUGUGCUGCACCAGGCCGCCUCAUGUUUCAAGUAGAACAUAAGUUUGACGGGAACCCGGUUGCUGAACAUCCAUCGACAGCCCAUGAUCGGUUUCGCCCUCUUUGGUGCUCAUCAGGUAGGCGCAGUCCCCGGGUUUCCGUCAACCUUAUGUUCUACUUGAAACUAAAUUGCACGAAAUUAGCGAAUAUACACUCAUUGGCAAACUAA